GUUCACACGGAAAGUGUAUUGGUGUGAGCUUAUGCUGUGAUCGAAAGGGGUACCCCGCCCCUUUUCUACAAUAAACUUAACAUGUGUUAAAAGUUUAUAAUAAAUUAGCGCUGUUAAAAGUGUCAUUAUUUUCUAUUUUUACACGUAAAUAAUGUAGUAUGUAGAUAAGCUCUGUUUAACUUCCAAAUAUGGCUUUACCGAGGGUUGAUAAAAGAAACAGUAAAAGAAAAUGUUUUUGGUGCAUAAAAGCUGUCAAGUGGAUCCCAGUUUUAUUUAUUGUGACAAUUAUUGUGUGGUCUUAUUACGCCUAUGUAGUACAACUAUGUAUAGUUACCGUAGAAUCUACCGUCAAUCAAAUUAUAUAUCUCAUUAUCUAUCACAUAACGCUUAUUAUGUUUUGUUGGGCGUAUUGGAAGACUAUUUUCACUGACAUAGGAAAAGUACCUGACAAGUUUCAUUUGCCGGAUAGUGAGUAUGAGAGACUGAUGCAUGCCGAAAACGAAGAGAUGCAACGGCAUAUUUUAGAGACUUUCUCUAGAGAAUUACCAAAUACUAAUUGUACUAUUAAUGGAACGGUGAGAUAUUGCGAAGAGUGUAGAAAUAUCAAGCCGGAUAGGGCUCAUCACUGUUCCGUUUGUGGUGAAUGUGUACUGAAGAUGGACCAUCACUGUCCGUGGGUUAACAAUUGCGUUUGCUUCACAAAUUAUAAGUUUUUUAUAUUAUUUCUCGCUUACUCCCUAAUUUACUGUAUAUAUGUAUCUUUGACGUCCCUGCAAUAUUUCAUCGCAUUUUGGAAGGGCGACCUGGAAGGAAUGGGAAAGUUUCACAUAUUGUUUCUAUUUUUUGUCGCUUUGAUGUUUGCUGUUAGUUUAGUAUCCCUAUUCGGUUACCACUGUUAUUUAGUAAUUUACAAUCGUACCACAUUAGAAGCAUUUCGACCUGCAAUCUUUCGUACAGGACCCGACAAGAACGGUUUCGGCCUCGGAGUUUAUAACAAUUUUUUGGAAGUAUUCGGCAAUGAUUCUAAAAAAUGGUUUCUGCCUGUCAGUUCCAGUUUGGGUGAUGGUGUGACGUACCCUGUGCAAAGUCAGCAUCAGCCAAGGUUCUAUCAUUCAAUGGAUUCCACGCAAAACAGCUUGGGUGACGGCUAUACAUUUCCACAGAGGCAUAUGGACGAAGAUGCUGAACACUUACUAAUUGAUAGCCGACACUUGGACGAAGAAACAUUUUCAGUUCCCUAACAAAUUGGACUUAUUCGCAGUCAUUUGCGAUCGGGCAACUGCAGAAGUACAUGACUUAUAGUAUAAGUUUCUUAUUAGCACAAGUUUCGUUUUUCACUAUUUAUGUUACAUUUUUAGAAAAAUAGAUUUUUACAAAUA